AUGAAUCAAAAUCCAAUACUCAUACAGAGACAUCACCAUCGCAAAACUUUUGCACAGAAGGCACCUCCAGUGCCCUUGUUUCUGAUACAUGAUGGAGGUGGAACGGUUUUCUCUUACUUCCAUCUACGGCCCCUCGGGCGUACUGUCUACGGAAUCUCCAACCCUAAUUUCGGAACUGAGUUGACUUGGGAAAAUGGCAUCGCAAGCAUGGCGGAACACUACGCCAAGUUGAUCAAAACGACUUAUCCUUCAGGCGAUAUACUCCUAGGUGGCUGGUCUCUCGGCGGCCUUAUUGCUAUACAGAUUGCACAGCUUCUAUCCAGUGAUCCUGAGCUAGACGUGACUGGUAUCGUCAUGAUUGAUAGCACAUUUCCUGUAGAAGGAGAGCCCACCAAGGUGCGCAGAAUUGCCUUCUUGGAAGAAACGUCUACAAGGCCAGACAUGGCAGAGAAGACACGAAAGUGUAUGAACGAGGCUCGACUACAAAGCAGGCAAUGGAAGCCUCCGGUCUGGCGGAGUUCCGCAACUCAGUUGCUGGAUGGUCAAACCCAGACGACAAAAGUGCAGAUCAAUGAUACUACAUCACCUCUAUGCCCUCCCGCAAUCCUAAUUCGGGCCACCGACCUCCAGAGCAGUCCGGAUUCGAGUAGGGCAUCUGACAGUGAGGCAUCCGAGGACGGUGGAACUCGAGCGUUAGGGUUUGACAAAUAUGAGAACUUCAACCUUCGACAUGCGGUAGAUACUUCUGGUGACCACUUCAGUAUCUUCAACAACGAGAAUAUCGAUGGGCUGAGCCAAAAGCUCAAAAAGGCAUGCGACACGCUGGCAAUGAAGUCCCAGAAUAUUUAUAUAAAGAAAGGUUUAGCAAUAAUUUCUACACGAGUACUGGAGACGCCUGGCUUAGGCAACGUGUAG